AUGUCAGGGGUACAGGGAGCACGGCCGCCGGAGUACGAGACACCAACGACAUACGAGUCAGUGGCAGGAGGAGAGAACAGGACCAAGACGGAUAUCAGGUCAAAGGAGGACCAGGGUCCCAUCCAGAUUGACAAACAACAGGACAAGAUCGAGGAUUUUAUUGCUGCUGCAAGCCAAGAUGACCCUGUUCUUGAUGCUGAUAAAGAUGAUAAGAAGCCAGACUUGGGCGUCACCGGCACUGGCUAA